GGGUCACGGGCGUGACGUCACCACUAGGCGCCGCUCGGAGACGCGAGCGAGGCGGCUGAGGCAGCUGAGGCGGGACCGUCCCGCGUCGUCGUCGUCUCGAGCCAGCGAGAGAGGAGAGAGAGAGGGGAGAGAGGAGAGAGAGAGGUCGUCCAUCUCCCGUGCUGCUUCCCGCUCAGCGCAGCGGAGCCAUGGCGCUUCCCACCGAGGCGAGCGUCAAGAAGCUGCUGGGCAAGUACAAGUACAAGGACAUGACAACCAAAGAUGUCAUGAACGUAAUUGCAGUUUAUAAGGAUUUGAAGCCAGUUGUUGACAUGCAUGUGUUCAAUGAUGGCACGGCAAGGGAACUUGUAAGUCUCAAUGGAACCAUACCUGUAAACUACAGAGGAAGCAUCUACAACAUUCCUGUGCAACUCUGGCUGUUUGACACACAUCCAUACAACCCUCCCAUCUGCUUUGUGAAGCCCACAAGCACGAUGUUGAUUAAGCAGGGAAAACACGUUGAUGCAAAUGGCCGUGUGUACCUGCCCUAUCUACACGAGUGGAAAGCUAAUGCGUCGGACUUGGUGGGCCUGAUCCAGGUGAUGCUGGUGGUGUUUGGGGAAGAGCCGCCUGUGUUCUCCCGCACCUCCGCUGGCCAGGCCGUGGCCCCCAUGGGCCCUUUCAACCAUGGCUACCCUUCGUACCCAGCAGCCGGACCGCCCAUGGGAUCCUAUGUGCCAGGAGGAGGCACCUACCCAUACCAGCCGACAGCCAAUACAAACUAUCCUCCUUACCCAUUCUCUGGAGGCUCUGCGUAUCCAGCCCCACCACCAGCCCAACCCCAAAUCAGCCAACCACAUUACGGCAGUCAGCCAGUUCCUGGGACGUCUGCCAUGUCCAGGGACGGCGUCAUCUCGGAGGAGCACAUCCGCGCGUCGCUGGUGUCGGCCAUCACUGACAAGUUGCGCUGGCGCCUGAACGAGGAGGUGAGCCGCGCGCAAGCGGAGCUGGAGGCGUUGCAGCGCACCGAGGAGGAGUUGCGCAAUGGUCAGCGAUCGCUGCAGGAUAUGGCCGGACGCAUCACCCGCGAGAUCGGUGAUGUAGAUCAGAACAUUGAUCUGCUGAAGAAGAAGGAUGAAGAGAUCACAUCAGCUCUAGAAAAGAUGGAGUCCCAGUCGGAAUCGAGUAACAUUGACGAGGCUGUGGUGACAACGGCACCGCUGUACAAGCAGAUCCUGAACCUGUACGCAGAGGAGAACGCCAUUGAAGACACCAUAUUCUAUCUGGGAGAAGCGCUGCGCCAGGGAGUCAUUGAUCUGGACGUGUUCCUGAAGCACGUGCGCCUGCUCGCCAGAAAGCAGUUCCAGUUGAGGGCACUCAUGCAGAAGGCCAGGAAGACCGCCUGCCUCACAGACCACUACUGACACGGAUCUUUGGGUUUACCUCUGUUGAACUCAUUCCCUCCCCCCUUCGCUAAUUGUACCAAACCACAGUGUCUACGGACAGUAUUUCCAUUGUCGAGUCUGCUAGGAGUGUCCUACGGUGUCGCUUAUGGAUCAAAGAAAAUGUAAUCACUUUUGGUUCGGAGGACAUAUUUAGGAACAAAAAUAUUCACGUUUCACAUUGGCCAAAAGAAUUAGAAUAUAUAAUUAUCAUAUGUUCUGAACAGGGUCCCUUCACACUGGUUGAUGUGUGAGAUCAAGCUCAGAGAUAUGGUGACUCAUGGACUGUGAAAUAAAAACAAGCUGGUGUAUGUAUAUGGUGUCGCGAAUGAAGAUACUUAAUGUUGUUUUAAAGAGUUUGCUUGGUAAUAUACGUAGUUUGAUAUGCAAAAUUUAUUUGUUGUAUAUUUUUCCCCAAAACCUGUCCGCAAACUAGGAUUUGCUACCUUUUCAAUGUUUUCCUGUUCCAGAAUAGUGCCAGUACACUGAUGAUGCAACCCUUUCAGCUUAAAAGACCAGUUAGUGGUUACGUUUAUUUUUUUGUUAAUUCGAUCUGUGCUUCAUUACUGUAAUCGACAAUGCGUACAGCGGGUGCGUGCACACACACAAAGAGUCAGCCUUCAUACCAGAUCUCAGAGCCUAAGCACCAAACAUAAGUUAACAGAAACUAAUGAUAGUUGUUUUUUGUCGAUCGAUUUCUUGAGUCUGAGAGAACUGCGAAGUCAAGAGUUUACUUUUCUUGCUGAUCCAGGACAGUUGUUUCAACAAUCUUUACAAUAUCUAACAUCUUCCACAGUUAAUGAGGAGAAUAGUAACAUGCAGAUGUUUACAAGCACACUUUUAUUUAUUUUGUUAACUCCAUAAAUUAAUCGACAUAUUUUAGUUAUGUUGGGUAAAAUGUUUCUCACGUGCUUUUCCCUCCUGACAUGUUCAAUUGUUUGGACAUAAAAUACGCCUGUGAUUGAGAGAGGGCACAAACAAGGAAACCUAAAACAGUUUUGCUCUUGUUGCUUUCUCCUGCUGAUCCUUCAUCACACAUGUGUUUUACGUGAAGCAAGUUUAAAAUAUAACAACACUCAAUUCCUGCUACUAAGUAGAAUGUGUAUUCUGUAAUAUUUUCAAGUUGCACUUAAUGCUAAAAUGAAUGGUUAUGCAGCAUAGAAAAUAUUUUUUUGAUAUGUUGUAUGUCAAGGAAAGGAUGACGUGUGUACUUUUACCAAAAAAAAACAAUAAAAUAUAAAAUAAUUUACCAAA